AUGGAAAGAAUAAAAGGAGACUACACUAGUCCUGUGCAACCAGGAGAUGCAGAGAGGAGCAGGACUGGAGAACAAGACCCGGAGCUAACUGUGCUGGGAAAAGCACAAGAGUUCUUUCAGAUUUGUGAUCUGGAAGGCAAAGGCUUCGUCACUCGUCAAGACAUGCAGAGACUGCAUCCUGAGUUACCUCUUAGCCUGGAAGAACUUGAAAAAGUUUUUGUUACAUUGGAUGCUGAUGGCAACGGCUCACUUACCCCAAAGGAGUUCAUCACAGGAUUCAGCCAAUUUCUUUUGGAGCAGAUUGCUUUGAAAAAUGACAUGGUGCAACCAUCAGAAGGUGAAACAGCCUGCCCAGUUAGAUACGAAGAGACCAUGAGUGGUGAAGAGGAUGAAGAAUUCCAGUUCUCAAAUCUCAUGGAUCGGCUUGGAGCUGCGAAGGUUUUGGAUGAUGAGACUGAUGUGAAGCAACUUUGGUUGCAGCUAAGAAAAGAAGAACCUCAUUUACUUUCCAAUUUUGAAGAGUUCCUGGUCAGAAUUUUUUCCCAGCUCCAAGAAGCAGAUAAUGAGAAGAAUGAGUUGGAAUGUGCUCUAAAAAAGAAAAUUGCUGCUUAUGAUGAAGAAAUUCAACACCUCUAUGAGGAAAUGGAACAGCAAAUCAAAAAGGAGAAAGAGCAGUUUCUCUUGAAAGACACAGAGAGGUUUCAGUCCCACAGUCAAGAGCUGGAGCGCAAGCUGCUGUCAAAAGAACAAGAACUGGAACAGUUGGUUCAAAAACAGAAAAGGUUAGAGCAUCAGUGUACACAACUCCUCAGUGGCAAAGAAGAAACCAGAGUAGAGAACACCAAGCUGAAGCUGACUAACCAGGAGCUGCUGAGAGACCUGGAGAGAACAUCCCAUGAGCUAAGCCUGGCUCAACAGCAGCUGCAGGUGCUUCAGGAGGAGGCAUCAAGGCUCCAUGAGGAGAAGGAAAUGGAGGUGUACCGGGUGACAGAAACCUUACAGAGAGAGAAGUCAGGACUUUUGAAGCAGCUGGAUUUUUUAAGAGAGAGGAACAAACAUCUCAAGGAUGAACGUGACAUAUUUUUGCAGAAAUGCAAAACAACUGUUCCAAAAGCCAGCUGGAAGCAGAGAUCAGGGUCUAUCAUUGGGAAAUACUUAGAGGGCAAGAUGCUGCCAAACAGCCAUUCAUUUGAAGAAGAUGAUGUUUUCAGUAACUCAAAGAGAAGGAAUUCUGGUGGACUGAAUGGAGUUCUCUCUGAAGAGCCUGAUGCUGGAGUCACUGGAGGAAUGCCUAAAACAUCACAUCUCCAAAGAAUAAUAUCAAUUGAAGAAGAUCACCUACCCCAGCUUCUUGACAGGCUGGUUGAUAAGCAGCUGAGCAGGUGGACUGGAGAAGACGAAAAUACUUUUGAUACAGAAAUGAAUAACAAAUCCAGAGAGCAAUCAAUGGAACACUCAUCAUCAUCUUCUAGAGAGCAGCCUGUAGGGAAGGAAGCACUGUCAAAUGAGGAGAGAAUAAACUCUGUCCCAGAGCGCUUAUUCAAGAUCGUUUUUGUGGGCAAUUCGAGUGUUGGAAAGACUUCAUUCUUAAGAAGAUUUUGUGAAGAUCGUUUUUUCCCAGGCACUGCUGCUACUGUAGGUGUGGAUUACAACGUGAGAACUGUCACAGUGGAUCGCACCCGGGUAGCGCUGCAGCUCUGGGACACAGCUGGCCAGGAACGGUACCGAAGCAUUACCAAGCAGUUUUUCAGAAAAGCUGAUGGGGUCAUUGUGAUGUAUGACAUAACAUCAAAAGACACAUUCACAGCUGUCAAGCAGUGGCUGAUAAGCAUUGAGGAGGCAACUGGGGAGAACGUGCCUGUUCUUUUGUUGGGUAACAAAACCGAUAAUGAAAAGGAGCGUGAGGUCCCGAUGGGAAUAGGAGACCAUCUUGCAAAGGAUUACAAUUUAAUUUUCUAUGAAUGCAGUGCAUAUUCUGGGUACAAUGUGGAAAAGUCCGUGCUCCACUUAGCUAGGAUUUUAAAAGAACAUGAAGAUAAAGUGAAAGAGAAAACCAUCAAACUUCAGUCUGACACAAACAAAAAGGCAUGCUGUAUGAGGCAAUAAAAUGCUGAGGCAUGU